UUAACAUCCCUGGAGAGUAUUGAAGCAGGUUUCCAACAAUUUUACAAGCUACCAGAGAAUUCAGGAGAUAUAUAUCAUAGCAAGUCAGCCGAUUGAGUCAAGUCAGAACCUGAAAAUAGCCUCUUCCUUCUUGGAGAGAUGGGGGAUUCAGCAAGCAAUGAAGCCACCAAUAGUGAUCUACAGCUACAGGAUCCUGUCAAUGCAACACACUUUCAGUUAUUAUGUGAAGAGAUAAUUUGUGAAUGGAGAAAACUGGGUACAUGCUUAGGGCUCUCACUAAAACACCUGCGAAUGAUUGAGACUGAUCAUCCCUCUGACUGCCAAGGAAGGGUGUGGAAAGUGCUUGAAAAGUGGGUACAAAUGAACGGAAAUGAAGCAACAGUGGGAAGUCUUAAAAAUGCUCUUGAGGAGAUAGAAAGGAAAGAUGUCGCCCAAAAACUUGUUGUCUCUGUGCCAGAGUUACUGAACUGCGCUCGGGUACAGAGUGGGAGCGCACAAAGGGAAGUUGAACAGCUGGAGAUGGAUGUGGAGAAAAAUAAAGAAUCACUGGGUGAGAUGUCCAAGCAAAUAGAAGAACUAAACAAACAAGUGGACGACGGUAAGCAAGAGAUCAAGAGGCUAAAAGAAGAGCUAGAUAAACACAAGAAUUCUGGAAGUUGCGUUUUCUCUCCAGCUGGAAGGAAAUUUACCGGCAAGUAUCAUGGUGGCAAGAACUGCGCAAAGGGAAAGGCUUCUGCCGCACUCAGAGAUUGCUUACAUACCUCUCGUUGUUCUUUGCACAGCAAGUAACGUCUUAAACCGUAAGAAAGGCGCUAUCAGUGGGACAGGCGAAAGAGAAUAUUCAUGGUGAGCUAUUGAUCUGGGCUCAGGCCAUCGACCUGUGAUCAUACUGCGCUCUGAAACACGGAAAAAGAGAUGGAGAGUCACUUCUAUUAUAUUACAGACUUUAAGUAAACCACCACAGCGACGGCAACGAGGACGUGGAAAAACAAAAGAUCUAAUUAGCAGAACAAUAGCUCAUCACGAGCGUUUUAAAACUUAGUACAUUUCCUAGCCGUACUUUGCAAAACAACAUCGUGAAAUCACCAAAAUCUGCGUGGUCUACGAACCGAAACUGCGACGGCAAAUUAUUUAAAUUUGUAUUCGCUACUCGACGACAGGGGGCAGUGUGGCCGAGUGGUCAGCGUGUCGAAUUCGCAAUCAGCCGCUAUCGGGUUUGAGUCCCGCCCUGACCACUCCCUGGAUUUGUUUCACGGUAGCUCCGAGUUCAAAUCCUCGGCCAUGCUUGUAAAUAGCCAACUGGUUUGCCUUCGGCCAGUUGGGAUUCUUAAUAAUGUUAUGUUAAACUUGAAUCAUUUGUUUCAAAUGCUUGCAUGGAUCACAAUGAGAACUACUGGUUCUACCAGUAAUCGUGUAAUCCAACAAAGUCAUUAUAUAUUUAUUUAACGAUACUUUAAUACGUUAUGUCGAGGUUGAGUUGUGGCGCCGUAUGAGAUGGCAAACACAUGCAGCCAUUUUCGAAAUUCUAAUUAAAAGUAGAAAUUCAUUUUUUAAUCGACGUCUUCCGUGGCGUUGCCGUCCUGAGUGCUUAAGGUCCCUAUUGUAUGAGGCAAAUGGUCGGUUGGAGGGGAAGUUGGAGCUUUUGGUUUUUUUGGAAUUUUCCAGUCAGGUAGAAAUUUCUCUGACAAAUAUGGAAUAUAUCUAACUGGAAUUGAGCUCUACGGAGUAUUUCUAAGGAUCUGAGAGCUAAUAGCUAGAGAUGCUUUCAUCUCUAAAGUUUUCAUCAAGCAGCCGAGAGAAAAUAAUAACCUCUCAAAAAGCAAGGUCAGUGUAUUACUACCUAUCAAGAGAUUUAAGAAGACAAUUUCUAUGAUCACUUGUCAAGGGUAUGAGCUAUUUAUUUUAAGGAAAACUGAACUGAUGCUUGAGAGUAUUUAUCAUCCAAUUGUGCUUUGUAGAGUACAAACAACGCGCGAAACAAGUACAAAUAUCAGGCGAUAUUUUUUACUCCAGAAAU